AUGUCUCAACCCCACGAAAACCCACUCAUCCACGACCUGAUCAAGAUCCCAGCAUCGGCACUGGCCGCGAGCCGUAACAACCCCAGACUGACCCUCAUGCUCUUGCCCAAUGACCCCGAUACUAUCGCCAACGAUUGGGAACUCGCGAUAUCAAAAGCGCGGCAGGCGUGGCAGGCGCAGCGACACGCGCAGCCCGAUCUGCGCCGGGUGAUUCUGGGAACGGUCCUUUUCUAUCAAGACUGUGUGCGAAUCCUUGUCGAGACGCGGCCGCAGGGGGAACCUGAGUUCUAUGAGGCCUAUGGGCAGGACGAGUUCUAUACCUCAGGCGCAAGUGCUCAAGUCUUCGACAAUGCGGUCCGCCUCGCGAGUCUGUUCAUCCUUGAGUCGGAAUCAGGAUCGUUUGGCAUGUAUCCAGAAGUAGGUUUAAUUGGGCGUUUGAAGACGGCGGGGAGUUGGGUCGGUUCGUUUCUCCUGAAGAAACGUUGA